UUAUUUUUUUUUUAAUAUUUAUGAACACCAUUUUCUUAGGAGCAAGUUACACUAAAAAGCCUUUUAGUUUUGUAGUUCAACAAAAGUAGACUUGGAAAUCGGGUCAGGGUUACGUUAGAGAUUUUGGGUUGCGGGUCAUCACAGGUCUCGUCAUUUUGGAUGGCUGAUUUUCGGCAAAUAUUGAACCAACCCAAAAACUUUCAAGUCGUGUUUCAGAUCAUUUCGGGUUAUGAAUCUUCUUUAAAACAAUAUCAAAUAUGUUUCAUAUUUUUUUUAAAAUAAUUUUUUUAUAUGUAUGACAAUUGUUUACCUAACAGAUGUCAAUUAAAUUAUUAGGGAUGACAAUUACCCAUCCAUGGGUAAUUAUGCCCAAACCUAAGUAGACCCAUUGAUAAUGGGUUGGGUAUGGGUGAAGGUAUGGAUAUUGCGUUCAUAAUCUAAAUGGGUAUGGGUAUGGGUUGGAUUUGGAUAUCCAUUUUCUUAAGGGUGUUUUAACUACACAUACAAAUUGGACCUACUUGUAAAACUUGAAAAGUUUAGGUACCAAAAUGUAAGACUAAAAAUUUUAGGUACUAAAAUGUAACUUUUCAUGUAUAUUUUGAGAACUUAUAUGCCAAAAAAUUUAAAUUUAGGUAACAAUUAUGUAUAUCUAUUAAGUUUAGGUACCGAACUGUAAUUUGUAUUUGGGCAUGGGUACAAAACCAAAUCUAUUUGCUAAAAACCCAACCCAACCCAUGUAAAUGGGUAUGGGUACAAACCCAUCAAACUCUACUCAUAUCUAUCUAUUUAGAUUUCAUACCCAAGUCAAUUGGGUUGGAUAGUAAAAUAGCUAUGGGUAUGGGUGAAUUGUAUAAUUGAGAGAAAUUAUUUUCCUUAUUGAUUGAGUAACAUGCCCAUUAUCGGUUACACACAAACUAUAUCCUCUUUCAAUAUAUUUGCUUUCCAUUUGAAAAUUUGGUUUGGCAUGCAUUCAUGAUUUUUCUUAAUCUUUGGAUGAGUUUUCUGCAUCUUUGGUUACCAUAAUAGUUAACCACUUUAUCAAAGGUACAAUUGUGGUUUCAUUUUGGUGGUUUCGAGAUAAGUCAAUUGAAUAUCUCUAUUUUGUUAAAGGAAUUCAUAAAUGAGUAGUCUAAUUAGAUAGAAUAGUUUCAUUUUUUUUUAUAAAAAGAACAGCUUCGUAUUGGGUAAGAUCGUAAUAGUUAAAAAUCCAUAAAUGAGGCGUGAUGAGAAAUUUUGAUUGAAUAAAUAAACCACGUACAAAAAAAAUUCAACGAUGAAUUGAAUAUCACUUGAUCUUAGCCAAAAGGCCGAGAAAGGUAUGGAUUGAAUAUCACGACUACAAUGAUUAAUAAAAAGUUCAAUUGAAAAUCCUUGAUAAAAACCUAAAUUUAUAGUAAUGUAGUAAAUAAUAAAUCUAAAAGUAUUACGACCAACUGGCCGGGUCCAAGUUAGUUUGUAAUAAGGGUAGUCCUACAAGAAAAUACAUUUCUAACCAUCGAAAUUUCACCAUUGUAUAAAAUACGGUAGUUAAUAGUGAUUAAUCAACCACCAUAGCAAGUAUGAUAGUUAAUAAUGACUGAUUAACCUUGGUAUAUGUAUACGGUGGUUGUUAUGGGGCUAAUAUGAUAAUUCUUAAUUUUGUGAGGACUGAAACUUAGAAUGACCUUGGUUAUAGUUUUUUUUUUUUUGCAUUGAUAUUCGUCGCCCUAAAAUACAUUAUUCGUCGCCCUAUUUUUUGUUAAAAUGACUCUAAUGUCGUUUGUUUAAUUUGGUUUUCAAGUGAAGGCGGUGUAUUUGUCCAAUGUAAAACUUCGACAAUUGUGGAUUCCGUCAGACCUUGCUCUCAUAUGACCUUAGUUCCAUCGGCGAUAACUCGUUGUCGGAUACCAAUCGUCACGCACAACUUGUCCAAUCAGCCUUGUCAGAUGAUCGGAAUGCUUUGAUUAUUGUUGAUUCCGUCGAGUCGUAGGGUUCUCGAUAUGGAUCUUAGAUCCAUCGGUGACAAGUUGUCGCCGGAUGCGAAUUCGUUACGCAAAGCUUGUUCAAUCGGACUUGUCCGACGGUGGGAAAGCUUUGACUAUUGCCGAUUCCGGCGAGUCCCAGGUUCCGAUUAUUAGGAGUAACCAACCUCCGAGCUUAUCUCGUCAAACACCAGUACACCCACCUUCCUCCUAGUUUGUUGUUGCUGCUAUACGAUUCCUAUCUUAGCACCUGUAUAUAUCAGUUCCAAGACUAAUAAUAAUUAAUAAACUCAAGUCAUUCUCUUCCUUUACUCUAUACCGAUACGGACCUUAGAUCCAUCGGCGGCAAGUGGUUGGCGGACGCCACUUUGUUACAAAGCUUCUCAUCUUCAUGUUUGCCGGGACGGUAGGGAUUAGGAAUUGGAGUUAGGGUAUAAACGUCAAGUCAGUAUGAUUUAGAGCGAUUAUUUUAAAAAUUUAGGGCGACGAAUAGCAAUUCAGUUUUUAUUUAUUAAAAGUUUAUUUAUUUGAGUUUGCAGCGGGAUAUUUCCUUUCUUCACUCCGCUACGGCGCUACCCAAGACUGUACCCGAUGAAUCCUAAAUCAUUCUUCCGAGCUACUUGUUUUGCCCCUCUUGAUCAAGAAAUCGAUUUAUCACAUCGAAAACUGGCACCAAUUGUACUAUAGUUGAGUAGAUAUGGAUAAAGAGAAAAUACGAAAAUCCAACAAUGAUAAAACUAGGAGGACAAGUGACAUCACCAACUUAUCCACCAAUUACAACACCAAUGUUAAUGAUAACCGUCUGGUUGAUCCUGACUUACGGAAAUUAUAUGAUCGAUCAACUAUACGUCAGGUGAUCUAGCCGUUACAUGUACUUAGAUGAGCUACGACCGAUCUCAACGGUCAAUUUUAGUUUUUCAUUAAAUCAAACUUCGGGUUGGGUUUAGAAAAUCGGUGCCUGGGGUUUAUCCAUUAUAGGUUAGGGUAUAGUAUCUUACCUCAAACUCGAUUUAAUUCAUGGUUUAGAUAGAGAUAUCUCAUUAGUAGUACAUGACGUAUAGUAUACGCCUGACGUACUCUUGUUUUAGAUUGGUGAAUUUCCCCUCUAAUUAACCCAUAUGGUGUAGUUUUAAUGUCUCUUCAGAUUGCUACUUUGGCCAUCAAUCUCAGGUUGAGCUAGUGUUGCGGAGAAUUAAUCUAUUCGUUGUUGUGUACUUGUUUCACAAUCAUAUUGUAUGUAUAGACGAAGAAAGGAGACAAUCAUGUGUGGGAUACUGACGGUUUUGGCCUUUUGGGUUGCGACGAUGAUCCCCCGGACCAAAAGAGUUCAGAUUCUGGAGCUCUCUCGCAGGCAAAUUUCAUUCAUCCCUCCAUAGCUCUUUAUUCCUUUUCUUUUUUCCGCUAGUGAAAGAGAGAUGACCUUAUAUCUAGGGAUGACAAUUUCAUUCCUCCACCGACGAGUGCUGCGACGACCCUCUGUCACGACGUUGUUGCAAUGGUCGGCACGACUGUCGGCUCUUCCGUUCAAUGACCCUACAGGGGUACGACGGUGAUGACUCUCCCAUUGGGUCGGUGAUUGACGGCCAUAGUAACGUCAGCGACUCGUUCAUUCCGGCCGCCCCCGCGGCAUCUAUCCUCCAGUGAGAAGUCAAACAGCUUUAAUGGCUGGAUUCCAUCCGUUUGGGACUGUAUUUAUGGCAGAAGCCGUUAAAAGCCUUUGAAGGCUAUUAAACCAUCUUUAUUGAUGGAUAAUGGGCAAUUAAAUCCUCAAUUAUGUGGACCACCUCAUUUUAUUGGUAGGUUUAAUUAGUAAUUUCCAUUAUCCGUUUUGGAAUCCCAAGUUCUUGGUUAUUAAGGCUGGCACUUGGCCCAAAGUUAAUAAAAAGUUACAUUGUUGGAAUCUUUCCCGUCGGCGGGAUCUAAGGCAAAUUUAAUUUGCGAUGAAAAUUUGGAUUGGCUGAAUGGGUAUCAGACCAUGUUUGAGUCUGGAACUGCACUGAUUGAUCAUAUUAAUUUUCAAGUUAAUGGGGAGAAUGUAUGAGUGGAGACAAUAAUUAUGGAGAAUUCGGUUAGUAACUAUUUACCGUCAAUGUCACUGGUUCCUAGUUUAAUCAACCAAUUUAUUUCCUCAGGAAAAUUGAAUUCUACCUUUCAGUACACAAAUUAUUUAUUGUGGGGUCGUACCCUCUUUAACUAUUUCGAUGAGGCAUUUAAGCGAUAUUUUUAUUUUAGUCAAAAGAGCGUUGAACACUUUUUAUGAGGUUGUCAUUCUCUUGUGUUGAUACAUCAAGAGAGUAUUGAACACUUGUUUUUUAGAUGCCCCCUAGCCACCAAGUUGUGGACCUUAGUGGGAUUGAGCAACUUCAAUGAUUCCACCUCUGACUGUUAAUCUUAGUCUAUGCUGGUGAUCGACAUGUCAUGAUCUCUUAGAUCUGCCUAUUCCACAUUCUGCAAUGCACAUGUUUACUUUGGAGAAUCUAGAAGUCUAGAAAUAAAUUGAGUUUUGAAUUCUACCAACCCCAUGUAUGUUCCCUCGCUCGGUCAGUUCUACAAUCAGGUACUUGAAAUCUCCAAUAUCCACCCCCCUCCUCCGUCUCCCGGAACGCUCCUCCAAAAUCCUCCUUCCCCCACUUGGGACCUCCACCAGACGACUUUUUGAAUAUCAACUUCGAUGCAGCUGUUCGCGACUCAGGGUGCUCGUCUAGUCUUGUUAUCCGUGGGUCAGACGAGCAUGUGGUGUUGGCAGCUGGUAUACAUCACCAAGGUCUACCUGGCAGAGCGCCUCCCCGUUAGAGAUGCUAUCACAUUCCUCGCCUCAAGUUCAUUGACUCACGUGAUAGUGGAAGGUGAUUCCGAGGUGGUCAUCAACCAGAUCCGACAAGGUGUCAUAGAAGGUUCAUUUGGAGGUCCGAUGCUCCGGAAGUGUCGUCAGAUUCUAGACUCUUUGUCAGUUUGUAUGGAGUUUAAGGCGGUUCCUAGAGCCGCCAACAGUGCUGCCCAUAGAGUGGCGCUUAAAGCACUGCUAUUGUCUCUUUUAGAGUUAGAGUCUUUCGAUUUUUGGGUGGCUUCAUUAGGGUGUAGCUUGUAGGGGAUUCCUGGGUAGAUUUGUCUAUAUAACUCUUGUCCUCUCUUGAUAUCAUUCGGAAAUAAAAAAAAUCUUUAAAAAUAAUAAAAGCCAUUGGCUGGGUGUAUUAUGUUUAUGUUUUUGUGUAUUGUGCUAAUCUUGUUUAUUUUAUUGAAAAAUAUUGUUUGCAAUGUCGAUUACAGACUUAAAGUAAAUAAAUGUAGUUGUUCAAAUUUAUAAAAAACUACUUAUAUGAACCUUAUUUAAAUAUAGGGUACUGACUAUUUAUUAGUCAAAUCCUUUUUGAUUCUUUUUUAUUAGCCAAAGAUUUUAAAAUACUAAGAAUUAGCCAAAUGUUAACUUCCAGUUAGCAAUUUUGUUAGUAAUUUUGACUUGGAAACAUGAUACUGAAAAAGAUUGGGAUAAAAAAUAGACAUUACCUUUAAAUAUAAAACAAUUGUGUUUAUUUACAUGGGUUCACGGGUAACUUAUUCAAACAUUUUAUAUUUUAUUUUUAUACUAGCCUAUAGCCCGGCCCGUUGGCCGCAUUUGUUUAAGGAAAUGGAGUUACAAUAUCUAUAAUGAUAGUGUCGAGAAAUGAGUCUUGUUUUAUAUUAUCAUAAGAUUGUUGCAAUUUUGCAAUUCGUUGAAGACGAACAUGUAAUAUGAAUGAACAUUCAUAAUAAGUUAGAAAUACAUUUGAAGAUUAGCUAAUCACAAUAAAAAUACUUACAUGAAAUUUUACUAAUCACAAAUCUAAUCUAGUUGAGUAUUACGACAAAUAAGAUGCAAGUCCAAAAUAAGAAAACUCAAUACAUUGUCUCAUUGUUCAUGACAUGGUACUCAAUUCAACAAAGGCAAAAAUAAUUUCACCAACACAAGUUCACAAUAACCAAAUGCAUCAUUCCAGGGACCGACUGUGACCAUGACUUCAAAUGUCUGUUCUCCAAGCAUGUUCAGAAGGGCCAUAUAGUCAGCAUUGACAACAUCUGCAUGACUGAAUACAGAUUCAACAAUCGUUCGUAACUGUGAUGACAGGAAGACGAUGUCAACACCAAUGAAUUCGUCCUCAAUUGUGAGGUGGACGAAAUGGAUUCUGGAUGCAGGGGACCAGGACGUCGUCAAAUUCGUUACACGUCUGGAUAACAAAAAAGAGGUGCCCUGAUGUAAACACAGAAACGAAUAUUGUCAAAGCAAAUCGAUAAAAUGCAGCAUGCCACAAAAGGCGUACGAUUAAAAAGAAAUUUAUUUGUUUAGUUACCUGAUUUUCGACAUCCACUUGCAACAUAAUGAGAUCGAUGGUGUCGGCACGCUCACAAAUUUCAAGAGCAUCAUCAUAUUGCAGAUUAGCAAUAAAACCAUGGGGAAGCCUAUAUAUUGGACUGUAAGUUUUGGCAUUAAGUAGUGAAAAAGAAUCGAAAUUACAUGAUGUAGUAUUUGUUGGAUGCAUGAGCAGUACUUACUGAUUGAAUUGAGGCAGGCCGCCAUAUUGAAUGCAAUUCGCACGGUCAAUGGAACCGAAGUGUUUUGUAUGGGAAGUAUUAAACGGAAAUUGUAACA